AUGUCCACCGAAGUACAUAAUGAUGAUGAUGAUCUUAGUGAUCAACAUCAUACUAAUGACGUUGAAUUACGUGAAUUAGUUUAUCAAUCACUUGAACGUGAAGGUUUAAUAACACUUUUAAAAGCACAAUUACGUGCUGCUGUUUUUAAAACAAUUGAAAAAGCAUCAAAAUCUUCGGAUAUACCAACUAAACCUGGUUAUGAAGGUACAACAGGACAAAUAUGUCGUGCACUUGUUCAUGAUUGGCUUGAACGUUCACAUUUAUUAUAUACAAAAGAUAUAUUUGAAGUUGAAACAUCAGGUCCAAAUCAUCCAUUACCACUAACAUCUAAAGAAUUACUUGAACAUUUACAUCUUGAUUCAAUAUCAAAAAUAUCUCAACCAAUUUUACAUAUUUUACUUAAUAAUAACAAUAAUCGAUCUAACAAAAUAAAUUCUCUUCCUGAUCAUAUUAAACAAUCGAUUGAUAUCAAAUUUCCAAAUGAAAAAAUCAAUGAUAUAAAUCGUGUACGAGAACAUUUUCGUUCAUUAUUUUCAUUUGCAUUUGAUUCAAAUGUACUUGAUGCUUUUUUUAAUAAAAAUAUUUCAUCAUCAACAUCGAUUUCUAAAAAUGAAUACGAACAAAUUUGCCUAACAUGGAUGCAAGCAUGUGCUAAAGCUCUCACACCAUCAUCAAGUCCUGUUAAACAAAUAUCAUCUACGUGA